AUGUACAGGGUAAAGACCGCCGCCGUCCUCCUCUCCGGGCUCGCCGCCCUCGGCACCGCGCAAGAGGAAAUGGUCAAGCUCGACCCCAGCGACGUCGCCCUCGGCUGCGCCACCAUUUGCGGUCCCAUCGUCGAGCUCACCGAUAUCUGCCACGUCGGCAGCCACCCCGACUUCAAGCGCAAGAUCAAGAGGCGGAGGAUCUCCAAGCGACAAGUCGUCACCAACGCCUUUGGCCUCGUCGUGCCCGCGCCCCAGCCGACGCCCGCCGCGAGCCAGCGAGUCAUCACCGUCACCACCGUGGUGACCCUCACAGCGACACCCUCUCAAGCGGUACCGGGUCUUACGCCGACGCCCGCAGCGGGGGCAGGAGGAGUAGUGAACCCUCCGCUCGCUUCCUCGUCGGUCUGGACGACGACCAUGACCAUGGUGCUCCCCGAAGACGACGCCGAUGCGGGCGCGAGCGCGGACCUACCGGUGGACGACGGAGGCGCGGGCGAAUAUGCCGAACAAACAGAGGCCGAGGUCGUGGUGGAGGAUGCCGAGAGGGUGUGCGUUUGUCAGAAUAAGAGCUUUGAUGUCGCGCUCGUGUCUGGACUCUGUACGAGUUGCAUACAGCAGGCCGGGUACGCCCCAGGAUCUAUGGGAGAGAUCAUGAACCAAUGUCAAUUCGCCGAGCAAGUAUACGGAGAUACGAGCGACAAGAUUGUCGACAAUGUCCGCGUCAAGGCCAGCCCACCCAGCCUCGCUGCCACCUCCGGCGGCACCCUCGUCAGCUACUCUCCGCCGUCCCCGCGCCACGCAACCGGAUUCGCCGGGGCAUUAGCUGCCGGCGUAGCUUGCGGCCUCGCUCUUUUGCUCUAA